GCGAGAGACAGGGGCAGAGCCACGCUCCGGGACUCAGAGAUAGAGCCGGAGCCUCAACAAGACUUGACUGCAAAUCUCAAAGACGACGGAGGGAAGCAGUUCGUGCACCUGACCUUUGCAGGGAUGGCAUUCCCUGUGGAUUUACUUGCUGAGUUGGAGCAUGAAGACAUUGAGCAUUCUGCAGAGGAAUACAUGUCUAAUCUUCUGUACGCUGAUCCUGAGAAGCUGGAGUAUUUCACAUUACCCAACAGAAGGAAGAUUCCAGUUAGUCUGUCCUCUAUUGCUUUUGUUCCACUCUAUGGUGGCGAUACGACGUAUAAAGUUCUGGCUUUGUUUGCCCCUGAAAAUCAGUUCACAGCUGUGGCCUUGUACCUAGUGGAUAGGUGGUGGGCAAUUGAUGACAUCAUCAAAACUGCUGAGUCCUCCCGUCAGGGGCCCUUGCAGGUAACGUCACUUGGGGAGCGAAUUGUGUUGUAUGUUUUGAACCGCAUCAUUUACAGAGCACAGGAAAUGAGUGGCGACGAGCUCCCUUUUCUUUGCCACGGUGUCACUGAAUAUGCUAAAAUUCUCUGGAAGUCUGGGAAAGCGAUUGGAUUCUACUCCAUCAAAAUAGCAGGAAGCAAAUGCGAUACUUUCCUGACUCAGUGCUACCAGCUGCCAAUACUAGACACCAUCUUUGUGAGGAAGAAGCACCGUGGGAAGGGAUAUGGUCUACAGAUGCUGGAGGAUUUUGUUGACUGUUUCACAGAAGAUACACUGGGUCUGAAAUACCCACUCUCAGCCUCCAUGUACGGAGUUUGCAGGAAGUAUUUGAACAAUUAUCCUGAUGACCACAGCCUUCUUUGGGAGGUUGAAGGUGUUGGGCACCCGUUCCAGCGAGUUCGUAUUGCAGACAGACUACUGACACAGAUCUCCCCCGUAAAAGGUAUGGAUGUCUCACAUGCUGAUGAACAUGGACCAGUAAGAGGAGAAUCUUCAUCCCUAAACUUAACAGAGAGCGAAACUGGAAAGCAACUGUUUAACAAAGUGGAGAGGCAACCAAAUAUCUCGGAACUGUCUACUGAAUUGCAUGCUCGCCAAGAACUGCCAGGUGCCUCUUCAGUCCUUUCUGAAGAGCUAACAAGACCACCUGUUGCUAAACGAGGAAGAAGCAGCCAAUCCAAACGUUCCAAACCAGGAAAAUGUCAUGUUGAUUCAGAACGAAAGCAUUUAAAUGAUAAAGAGAAGGCAAUUGUGCCAGCAGUGCCUAAGGAUCAAUUAAACAGUUCUGAAGCCAGGAGAGAUGGAAGUGACAAUGCUCCACAAACAAUUGGAAAUCAGGAAACAUGUGCUUUUCCAGAAGGUCCCACAGAAGUAACAGCAAGUGAUGUUGUGUUGGGCCACACUGACCUCCUGGAACAGGAUGUUGAGGAUAAGGAAUCUUCAUCUGAGACAAUUCCAGAACCAGUAAACUGUGAAAUGACAGAUCAGGUUGUUCAGGACUCAACCAAGGCUGCACAGGUAAUUCCUGAUGACCAAGUUAAGGCUGUGGAGGUGAUUCCUGAGGACCCAGCCAGCGCUGAAGAAGAGAUUCUCAAGGACUCGACCGAGGCUGAAAAGGAGAUUCUCAAGGACUCAACCAAGGCUGAGGAGGAGAUUUCCAAGGACUUGAUUAAGGCUGAGGAGGGGAUUCCUGAGGACUCAACCAAGGCUGAGGAGGAGAUUCCCGAAGACUCGGCCAACACUGAGGAGGCGAUUCCCAAAGACUCAACCAAGGUUGACGAGAUUCCAGAGGACACAACCAAGGCGGAUGAGAUUCCUGAGGACUCAGACAAGGCUGAGGGGGGGACCCCUCAUCAGUCAACAAAGACUGAAGAUGAGGAUACUCCAGAUUUAACAAAGUCUGAGAAAGAAAUUGCUCAAGAUGCAAUGAGGGAUAAGGAAGUGAUCAUUCAGGAUUCAACAGAAGUGGAUGAGGAAGUGAAUGAAUCUAUGAAUGGAGCACCUGCUGAUCAGUUAGAGAAUGAGCCUGAAGGACCCAAAUCUGUAGAAGAAUUGAAAGGUCAUAGUGAAGGCAACAUGAUGAAAAAGGAUGCAGAGCUUGAAGAGGAAAAUGCUGAAGAGGUUCUUACACCGAAUGAAGGUGAAGAGUCUGAACCAUUGCAGGGUCCAGCAGUUAACAGCAGUCCUUCCAACCACCAUGCACCUGUUCCAAAUAAGGCUGCAUUGGCUGAAAGCAGGGAAUUGCCUGAUGUGCAAGCUAAUGCAAAGCCAUCUGAUAAUGGCCAUGUUUCAGUUAAUGAGGAAGUAUCUCAGCACAGUGCUUUGGAAGGUGAGGGCAUUUCUGAUGAUUUUUCGAAGACUGCUUCUGCACAACAUGAAAGUGAGCCAGGGGAGUCCAAUGCCCCAAUAGACCUCAGUUUAGGUCCCUUACUUGUGAUUGAACUUGAGGAUGUUUCAUUGAAGCAGGUUUCCACUGUACAGCUGUCAGGAGAUGAAAACAAAGAGUCUGAUGAUCUGAAAGAUCAACCUUCACCUGCUGUGGUUGAGAAGGCUGCUGACAGCAGCUCGGAGGAGAUGGAAAUGGAAGUACCAGUUGUGGACAGACGAAAUCUGAGAAGGAAAGUCAAGGGAAACAAAGGACCUCCCAAGAAACGAAGCAAGGUUUCAAAAAGGAGAAAAGUCCACACCUGUGAGGAAACUGUUCUAUAAACAUCAGAUCUUAUUAAUUUUGGAAUGUAACUGGAACACACUGAUCCUACAAAUGUUUAGUUUAGUAAUUAUUACAGGAGAAUGAUCAGUAAGACUAAUUUAAUAGCAUCUGGGUUGUAGUUUUUGUUCUUUCAGUUUUGGGACUGUUUUUAAAUACUCUUGACAGUAAUAUUUUGAUACUGUAUCUAAAAUGUGGACUGUUAACUCCAUCACCACAAUUUUUCAGUUUUACUUCAGUGGUUAAGUUUGGUAAUCCAAAGAACAACUUCUGUGUUGAUAGCCUGCUUGGUGCAUCAUAAGCAGUUGAAUUAGACCAGUACAAUACAGCACUUUGGUACGUUUCCUGUGAUUUCAAACAGGGACAUCUGGACGCUGAGAUAUUCCAACCUUUCCAGUUGUAGUAAUUAGCAUUUGUUCUUAGAUAUUUAAUGUCUAAUGUUAAAAUAAACUUCUAAUUUUAUGUCUUUGUUCUAGUAUAGAAUCAAAGCAUUGAGGGGGCAGUCAGUUGUCAGGGACUUCACACUAUUGACUAACUGGCAGAACCUGCUCAAUGACAAGAUUUGUUUCUAAGAGGUUUAUUUGAUCUAACAUUCACAAUGUUAGACACAGUUUUACUGAUGGAAAUCAGUGCUGCAGAAUGCUUAAAAUUUCUACAUUCUGAAAUGCAAUGCAAAGAAUAUCUUUUUAGCCAAGCACUAUGGAUUUUUUUGUUAUGAAAGCACAACCACUGAAUGAGAGAGAAUUCGUACUUUUUACAUUGUUAUAUAGUGUUUUAAGAGAAAAUGUUUUUGUGGAGUCUGAGUGCAAUGAAACACUAUAAUAAUUUAAAAUAAAAAUGCAGAUUAGUAAAAACUUAUUAUAAUUAGAGCUGCUCACUUUUCCCUACAGUGCUUUUUACAUUGUUGUAAGGGUGGUUAAUGAGUUCACCUGCAUCCUGUUGUGGUUGCGUUUUCCAAUCUGUUAUGGUUUUACAGCUGUAGUGUUUUCAAUACUGUCCUAAUAUCUGCUUUCUACUUAUGUUAGUCAGAAAAUGCAAAACUAUUUAAUUCUGUCUCUAUUUUUUAUAAUUUCACAGUUCUAGGCUUUUUGUCAUUUUAACAGUGAGUCUAAGGGUGGGGGGAAUGUUGAAAUCUUUAAAUACAUUCUGCUAUUUGAGUAGAUAACCAUUAUGUAUUUAGUAAUUUACAUUGGUACUGUAGAAUGUCAGAAGUUUUUUGUGUAUGAUGCAUAGUUUUUAUAGUGAAUGUCGUAAUAAAAGAAUUUUGUUUUUUCUUG